GCGUGACUGCGGAGCCGCGAGGAUGCGGGCGACCGGCGCGGGCUUUUCAUCACCCCGGCGUGAUGGAGCGGGUCGGUGAGCGGAACAAAGGCGCCCGCCCGAAGGAGCCGGUCCUCGGCUGAAGAUCGCUGGCCGCUCCCCGCGACGGCCGCCUGCGGACUAGGGUGGUGGCUGUGCGGCCCGAGGCGCGGCGCGCUUCCCCGCGGGCAGGCGCCUGAGCCGGGCACCUGCGCGCCGCUCCCGCCGCGGCGCCGGGGCAGCCCCGCCUGCUGGCCCGCGGGCCCCGGAGGUCCGCUGCUCCCUCAGCCCUGCUCCCGGCUGCCCAAGGUCCAGCGGCUAACCACUUGCUGGUGCAGAGGAGAGACCACCAUCCCCCCGCCCUCCCCGCCCCGGGCCCUUCACCGAGAAGCCGAGGCUCCUGGUAGGGGCCGCGCGCCGUGGACUGAGUAGACAUCUCGGGGAGCACUUCGGCAGACCGAGCGCUUCCAUGUGAGCCUUUUUGGUCUCCCCAUCUACCGCCCCCUCCUCCCAACCGCCUCGGCUGCCCGAGCCUCCACGCCGAGAGGCCGGGAGCGGCUGGGGUCCUCGCCAGCCGUCCGGAGCGCGAGGCUCGCACAGCCCCCGGCUGCCCCGCGCCUCGCCGGAGCCCGAGGGGGCGCGGGUCCGGGGCGAGGGCCGGCCGCGCGUGUUUGAUGGCUUCACUGAGAAGAGUCAAAGUGCUGCUGGUGUUGAACUUGAUAGCAGUGGCCGGCUUCGUGCUCUUCCUGGCUAAGUGCCGGCCCAUAUCGGUGCGCAGCGGAGACGCCUUCCACGAAAUUCGGCCGCGCGCCGAGGCGGCCAACCUUAGUGCGCACAGCGCGAGCCCCAUCCAGGAUGCGGUCCUGAAGCGCCUCUCGCUGCUCGAGGACAUUGUCUACCGGCAACUGAAUGGUUUAUCCAAAUCCCUUGGGCUCAUUGAAGGUUAUGGUGGACGGGGCAAAGGGGGCCUUCCUGCUACCCUUUCCCCGGCUGAAGAAGAGAAAGCCAAGGGACCCCAUGAGAAGUAUGGCUACAAUUCCUACCUCAGUGAAAAAAUUUCACUGGAUCGUUCCAUUCCGGAUUACCGUCCCACCAAGUGUAAGGAGCUGAAAUACGCCAAGGAGUUGCCCCAGAUAUCCAUCAUAUUUAUCUUCGUGAACGAGGCCCUGUCCGUGAUCCUGCGGUCCGUUCAUAGCGCCGUCAACCACACGCCAACCCACCUGUUGAAGGAAAUCAUUCUAGUGGAUGACAACAGCGACGAAGAGGAGCUGAAGGCCCCCUUGGAGGAGUACGUCCACAAACGCUACCCCGGGCUGGUGAAGGUGGUGAGAAAUCAAAAGAGAGAGGGCCUGAUCCGAGCUCGCAUCGAGGGCUGGAAGGUGGCCACCGGCCAGGUCACCGGCUUCUUUGAUGCCCACGUGGAGUUCACCGCUGGCUGGGCCGAGCCCGUUCUCUCCAGGAUCCAGGAGAACCGGAAGCGGGUGAUCCUCCCUUCCAUCGACAACAUCAAACAGGACACCUUCGAGGUGCAGCGGUAUGAGAACUCGGCCCAUGGGUACAGCUGGGAGCUGUGGUGCAUGUACAAGCCCCCCAAAGACUGGUGGGACGCCGGAGACCCUUCCUCCCCCCGCAGGACCCCAGCCAUGAUUGGCUGCUCGUUUGUGGUCAACAGGAAGUUCUUUGGCGAAAUUGGUCUUCUGGACCCUGGGAUGGAUGUGUAUGGAGGAGAAAAUAUCGAACUCGGAAUCAAGGUAUGGCUCUGCGGGGGCAGCAUGGAGGUCCUGCCUUGCUCACGGGUGGCCCACAUUGAGCGGAAGAAGAAGCCAUACAACAGCAACAUUGGCUUCUACACCAAGAGGAAUGCCCUCCGGGUUGCUGAGGUCUGGAUGGACGAUUACAAGUCUCACGUGUACAUAGCGUGGAAUUUGCCCCUGGAGAAUCCAGGAAUUGACAUUGGCGAUGUCUCCGAGAGAAGAGCCUUAAGGAAAAGUUUAAAGUGUAAGAAUUUCCAGUGGUACCUGGACCACGUCUACCCAGAAAUGAGAAGAUACAAUAACACCAUUGCCUACGGGGAGCUUCGCAACAACAAGGCAAAAGACGUCUGCUUGGACCAGGGGCCGCUGGAGAACCACACAGCAAUACUGUACCCGUGCCACGGCUGGGGACCCCAGCUGGCCCGCUACACCAAGGAGGGCUUCCUGCAUCUGGGGGCCCUGGGGACCACCACGCUCCUCCCGGACACCCGCUGCCUGGUGGACAACUCCAAGAGUCGGCUGCCCCAGCUUCUGGACUGCGACAAGGUCAAGAGCAGCCUGUACAAGCGCUGGAACUUCAUCCAGAAUGGCGCCAUCAUGAACAAGGGCACAGGGCGCUGCCUGGAGGUGGAGAACCGCGGCCUGGCUGGCAUCGACCUCAUCCUGCGCAGCUGCACGGGACAGAGGUGGACGAUUAAGAACUCCAUCAAGUAGUGGGAGGAGCUGGGCCCUGGAACCUGGCCCUGGGACAGGGUCUGUGUCCUCUGGACCAGCCAAGCUGGGAGAGACAGCAAGGAGCCAGCAGCUGCUCGAGGGGCCUUCUGGGGCUUCUCCAGGGCAAGUGGGGGGCCCCAGAGGGAGCCUCUGCGUCCCCAUCAGGCAUCCAGCUCCCAGGAGGCUUGUGCGCCCUGGCCAAGCCCCGACCCUUCUCUGGAAGCCCAGGAGCAGCCGCGUCUUCUGCAGCCCGGAUGUGGACCUGGUACAAGGUACGACACGUCACAUCUCCUCCAGGUCGCCUUCCCACCUACCAUCAGGACUGGAACUGGCAGGGCCCCUCCUCUUUCUCAUCUUUUGCAGCAGCAGCAGCUUCUGAAUCCCCCCGCCCAGCCCUCAACUAAGUUGAGGGGGCGCUCGGCCACAUCCUAGCUCCCCCUCCUCCAAGGAGGCGGCGAGGCCCCGAGACUUAGUUUCCCCCGAGGUUGCUUCUGCCUGGAUGCCCGUUCCCAGCCCAAGAUCGCUGCCCCCAAACCUUGCCAGCAGGUGACCUUGGACGUUGCUGGAUUCCCGCCCCCAAGAUGAGCUGGAAAGAGCGGACACUUCACCUGGGUGCUGGGGUCCCGUGUGCCUGGCCCAGCUCUUCUGCCGUGUCGUCAGGAGAGAGGUAGCGAGUGCGCAGGGCCUUCUCAGCUGUGAGGGGCCUCCCAGGAUGGAGCCAGGCCACGCAGCUCUGCCGGCCUAGGGACCCGGCAGCCCGGACUCACAGUGGCUGCUGCAGUGGCGGGGUAGCAAGCGGCUUCCACCUGGAGUUUAAAGGCUGAUGUCAGCACGGCCCUGGGGGACACUCAUCUCGAGUCACCCCGUGCUGCACCAGCUGACAGGGGAGAAGGCAGUCGAGUGUCUCUGAAGAGUAAUAAUUGGUUCCAGUUGCCCUCUGGUUAGGGUGCCCUUCGAAAUCAGAAUUAAUAUAUGGGUGCGCGUGCAUGGGUAUGAGGUUGUGUGCCUGGCGGGGCGCGGGUGCGGCUGCCUGUGUGUGCAUGGCGUGUGUGUCUGGGCGUGUGCAUCUGAGUGCAUGGUAGAGCAGGUGUAGAGGCGUGGCCUUGGGCUGGCCACUGUAUUGCCUCGCGACCUGGACCGGGCUCCCAAGAAGCUUGGGGGAGGGGGUGGGCUUGGCCGUGGUCGUCGGCCAGGAGGACGUGGCUGGGCCUUGCCCUGUGUGGUGCCCCACGUGGGAGGCGCUCCCUUCUGCGGCUUCCCACCUCUCUCGUGCUGUCCAGCCAAGCCCUGCCCAGAGCCAACCCCCCCACCCCGGACCUGCCCAGUUUGGGGUUCACCGUGUCUCAUUUGGUGGCAUCUUCCUGGUGAUAUCUCCCCACUUGUGAAAUAAAUACACGUGAGCAGUUCCCAGCUCA